CACUCUAUAUCUCCUCCGCCUUCGAACGCCGAGGAAUUUUGUUUUGAACGCUAAUGGCUGAUCAGAACCAACAUCCAGCCAUGACUAGUAAAGUAGCUGGCCAGCUACACCUUUACCAAGAUGCUAGAACUCGUUAUGGUGCCUUUCAGAGGCCUGCUGCAAGUCAGAGACAAUUUGGAUAUGGGAAUUAUUCAAAUGCAGGGUUGCAUUAUCCAGUAACACAGUCAUUGGUUGCUGCAAAUGCUUCUCCAGUUUUUGUUCAGGCUCCAGCAGAGAAAGGUUUGGCUGGGUUUGCCAUUGAUUUUCUUAUGGGUGGAGUUUCAGCUGCUGUUUCCAAAUCUGCUGCUGCUCCAAUUGAGCGUGUGAAACUGUUGAUCCAAAACCAAGAUGAGAUGAUCAAAACCGGCCGUCUUUCUGAACCAUACAAGGGUAUUGGAGAUUGUUUCUCCAGAACCAUUAAGGAUGAAGGAGUUAUGUCUUUGUGGAGAGGAAACACUGCUAACGUCAUUCGUUACUUCCCUACUCAGGCUCUUAACUUUGCAUUCAAGGACUACUUUAAGAGGUUGUUUAACUUUAAGAAAGAUCGCGAUGGCUACUGGAAGUGGUUUGCUGGAAACCUUGGCUCCGGUGGUGCUGCUGGUGCUUCCUCCCUACUCUUUGUAUACUCUUUGGAUUAUGCUAGAACCCGUUUGGCAAAUGAUGCCAAGGCUGCAAAGAAGGGAGGAGAAAGACAAUUCAAUGGCUUAAUUGAUGUAUACAAGAAAACUCUGGCAUCAGAUGGUGUUGCUGGAUUAUACCGUGGAUUCAACAUUUCUUGUGUUGGUAUCAUUGUUUAUCGCGGUUUGUACUUUGGAAUGUAUGACUCUUUGAAGCCAGUUCUUCUCACUGGAUCAUUGCAGGAUAGUUUUUUCGCUAGUUUUGCUCUUGGUUGGCUUAUUACAAACGGUGCUGGUCUUGCAUCAUACCCAAUUGACACGGUGCGUAGAAGAAUGAUGAUGACAUCUGGUGAAGCGGUCAAGUACAAGAGCUCGCUCGAUGCCUUCUCUCAAAUCCUGAAGAACGAGGGUGCCAAAUCGUUGUUCAAGGGUGCGGGUGCAAACAUUUUGCGUGCUGUGGCUGGUGCUGGUGUUCUUGCUGGUUACGACAAGCUUCAGGUCAUUGUUUUCGGCAAGAAGUAUGGUUCUGGUGGGGCCUAAUCGGAUUAUAUAUGUUUUAAGGUAUGUUUUUAGUUUUAUAGGAUGGUGAUGAAAUCUUUGUGGAGUUUUGAUGAGAGUAACAAGCAAAUGGAAUAAUUUUUGAAGCUUAGAAAGGGGAUUUUUGAGAUAUUGUUUUACAUUUGUUCGUUUGAAACCUUUGUAAGAGGUUGCUGAAAACUCUUGCCAUCUCGUGUGUAUUUCUAAGUUUUAAUACUGCAAACUAUUUUAAA